ACUGUUCGGCUCUCGUAUAUAUGAUAAUCUCUGUGAGGUGUACUUAGGCUGUGACUAUUGCUGAUGCUUAGGCGUCAAACCGACCAGAACACUAAGCUUGAAAGCCAACCACAGUUUAACUUUGCGAGGCAGCUCCUGCUUGGGAGGGGCAAAGCCCUGCUGCAUGGGGUGCUCCGCCAAAGCUAGACGAGGUGCUACACGAACUAUUGAAGGGAUGGAGGGCAAAAGUUGUACGAAGCGAAAGUGAUAUGCCACCGAUGCUGUUACUUUAAUCUUACACAUAUACGUGAAGAAUGUACUAGUGAAACUGAGAGAUAGUGGCGGACGCGAUCAAAAAGAAGGACUUUUAAGGGCUCAGGACGACCUGAUGAAAUCGGACGAUAAUGUUUCUAUCGAACAAAGAUUUACAACUGACAGACGCUGUUCCUUGUUGACAUGCUUACGACCUCGCAUGGAUCCAUUCACUGAUUCUUCACCGAUACUUCUCGCUCCUUCUUGGGGAACUGCUCUGCCUUUGAUGACGAUAUCUUUGCUCGCGUCCGAUUUCUAUAACAUAUCUCUUUGGAGGACCCGGGAUGGCAAAAAUUGCAUCGAAUCCCAUCGAAAUGACUGGCUUGAGCCAGUUAAGUGGAAUUGGCAAUGGAUAGAAAGUACCCAUUGGUAUCGAUGGCAAUACUCCUAUCCUGGAACGUAUUGUGUGAUAGUGGCUCCGUUCGCAUGCGAGCACUGUUCCGUCACACUUUCAGGUCCGUUUUUAGUGAUAAAAGAUACGUCAGAAGAAGCAGCAUGCUGCCAUGAUGGAAAAGUUCGUUUAAACUCCACUGGUGUGCACGAGCAUAGGCUUGAACCGUUGCGCAAAAAGAGCGUCAGCGUCCGCUUGACGCUAAGUGUCGCUCGAUCACCUUGGAGCAACCAUCGUUGCGGAACUAGAUUCUACGUGGAGUUCUUUAGCUCCAGUGCCUGUCAUCGCCAGAUCAUGUUCGCUGAACUUCAGAAGCUAGCUGCAGAUGAACUCCUACUGGACAAGGACUUCCGACUGCAUGAUGUUCCUAAAAACCUAACUAGUAUCUGUGCAAAGCUCACUCCAAGGUGCGACAAGUGUGCGUUCAAUUGCCCUGCAUCGUUUCAUUCAAUCGUCUUGGCAAACCUCAGCAUUACUCCGUUACUUGACAUGGCCAACAGUCACGAGCUAGCGGGGUCUAUUAACUUUCGUAAUGCUUAUUCCCGGCCAUUUGCAAGAUACGCGAUGUUCUGGCUUGUGAUGACGUUCGUGUCGUCAACGAUUAGCGUCGUUGUCAACCGCAUGAGAACGAAGUCCUUUGCAACGUUACCACGAUUCGUUAGAGGUUCAAACAGCUUUCCUCACAGCGCUCUUGGCGACAGACAUAUUGUCCUUUGCAUGCAUUGUAAUGAGUAGGAAAAGCAAAAAGUAAAUCUAUAUAUUGGACUAUAUGAGAUUCCGAAGGUUUAUAAUAA